AUUAAAACCUCAUACGGCACCCUUGUUUAGCUUUUAUUCAAAAAAGGGCAAGCGAAGCGAAGCCAAUGGUUUAUUCGACUCCAGCGAAUCCACAAACAAGAUUACAACUUCUACAGCUGUCGGAGCCACCACUACAGAUCUGAUUCAAAAUCUGGUUUAUCACAGUGUAUCUUGUCUCAGUUCGAUUAGUAACCGAAGAUUUGACCUAAAUCUGGUUUCUCACAAUUUCUUCAGGUCGUAUUUGUAAUUCUCAUACUCACACGCAGGUGCGGAAGUAGUUGGUUUUGAUAUAGGAUCAGGUUGUAGUUAGGGUUUAAGGAGUGCGAUUUUCUUCGAUUUUACAGUAAUGGUGUUUUGGGAAGGGUAUGUUAGUGAUGAAGUGAUGGGUACAUUUGCCCCAAUUGUGGUUUACUGGUUGUACGCUGGGUUUUUUCAGUUGCUCCCCCCUCUAGAUAAUUAUCGAUUGCACACAAGGAAAGAAGAAGAUGCCAAGAACUCAGUGCCAUUGAGCUCCGUUAUCAAGGGUGUUUUGCUCCAACAGCUAGUUCAGGCAAUCGUUGCUCACAUCCUGUUUUUGGUAACCUCAGAAACAGGCUUAGUAGGGACAGAAGUUCAACCAUCUCUUUUCAUUCAACUUAUCCAGAUCAUGAUCGCGAUGUUUGUAAUGGACACAUGGCAGUAUUUCGUGCAUCGAUACAUGCACAUAAACAAAUUCCUAUAUCGCCACAUUCAUUCUCAACACCAUAAACUAGUUGUCCCGUAUGCAAUUGGGGCUCUUUACAACCACCCACUCGAGGGUCUUCUUCUAGAUACAGUUGGUGGGGCCCUCUCUUUUCUUGUAUCAGGAAUGACUGCAAGAACUGCGGUUAUCUUCUUCUGUUUUGCUGUGGUAAAAACUGUGGAUGAUCAUUGUGGACUCUGGUUGCCUGGUAAUCUUUUUCAUUACUUUUUCCAAAACAAUACGGCGUAUCAUGACAUUCAUCAUCAACUCCAUGGAUUAAAGUACAAUUUCUCUCAACCUUUUUUCCCUAUUUGGGACAAGAUUCUUGGAACUUAUAUGCCAUAUGAUCUUGUAAAGCGUCCCGAAGGUGGAUUUGAAGCUAAAUUAUCAAAAGACUAGUCAAGUUUGUUAAUUACUCCAUUGUAAUCGUGUUCUUUGAUUGUGGUUGGUUUUUUUUAUCAAUUUUCAUCACUUGAUUAGUGUUCGAUUCUUUUGACCUAACGAUGUAACAAUGAUUUGUAACUUGUUAUUGGGAUGUUUUGUGUAGUCUUAGCAGAUUUGUAACUAUUGUGCUAUUAUUCUUUUGACA